AUGCCCAUAUCCUCCACAUCCAUUUCCCUCUAUUUUUUAUUCUUUACUAAUUUCUUCCAUUUAUCAAUUGCAUCUUACGCUUACCUUGGCUGCUACUCAACUUCUUCUGUAUCUUUUACUUUCAAAAACCAGUACACCUUUCAAAGUUCUGGUUAUUGCGAAUCCUCCUGCGAUGACUCAAAUUUCUUUGGUUUAAUUGAUGGUAAUAGGUGCUACUGCUCAGACAACGACCCAUCUUCCUCAAAGGUUUCUGAUUCCUUCUGUACUACUUCCUGCGAUGGUUAUCCUGAUGACACCUGUGGUGGCUCAUCAAAUUAUUUCUCGGUCUAUCUAAACGAUAAUUACGAUUACUCUGAUGAUAACAACGAUGAAGACACUACAACCUCAACCUCAACCUCAACCUCUUCUUCCACUUCAACAACCUCCAUCAUAAGACCUGCUGCAAUCCCAACAACCUCCUCUUCGGUCUCUACAACCUCAACUUCAACCAGAACAACCAGAACAACUGCCACUCAAGAUUCCCCUACAACCGAUUUAUCAAAUACAUCCUCUGAUCUCAACCAAGAUACCGCCUCUGAUUCUGAUUCUGAUUCUGAUACUGACGACGACCUCUCCGAAUCAAUCUUGACAACCACUUCCUUGAACAUCAACAUUCAAAAUGGUGUCACUAUAACUUCUGCUGUCAUCAUUGUAACAACAAGACCCAUCGAAAACGUCGUCAUCACCCUAACCUACUCAGACACUGCUCUAGCCACUGAAACCAGAACUGUCCCAACCUCUUCAAAUCCAACAACCUCAAACCUAUCCACUGGCGCACUUGCUGGCGUAAUCACUGGUGUAAUCUCAGGUAUCCUCAUUAUCCUCGCCAUCCUCUUCCUCAUCUGGAGACAACGAAAGAAAGCAAAAGACUUGGAGAAAAACUCAAAUGCUGCCAUUGCUGCUGCUGUCGUUGCAAAUGCCAACACAAACAACAAAAACACUUUCCCAAACUCCUUCACUCCUCCCAAUGGCAUUGAUAAAUUCGGUGGAAUAGGCGAUAAUGACUUUGACGACAAUAUAAACGCCCCAGUAAUCGGCUCAACUGGCUUGAACAACGACAAUCUAAAAUCCUCAAAUACAAACACUCCUCAUCUUAUAAAUACAAACCAAAGUGCCAACACUAGCAUUGCUGCUGGUGUUGGUGCUGGUGCCUCCUUCACUAGAAACAACACAACUGGUACUAAUAAAACUGCUAUAGGCUUGGGUCUCUCUCCACUAAAUAGAGAUCUAAAUUACGAACAUCCAAGAAAUAACUUGUCUUCUGGAACAAAUGCAACCAAUGUUACAAAUAACGAUUCCUUCGACUUUGAAAACCCAAACUUCAUACUAAACAAUAUAAAUGAUUUAGAUGAAAAGUCUAACAUCAACAACUUUGCUGACGAACCAACUUCUCCAAUCAUUCAAACUUACAACCCAAACAUCAUGUCCUUCAAUCCUGAUUUUAAUAACUACAGCAAUAACAAUAACUAUAAUGGUCUGACUAAUAAUCAAAAUAAUUUAAACAAUAUCAUUCCUCCAGCGCCUCACCCUCCAAUAUUAGGCCCGGCUCCUCCUUUACAUUCUAUAAAUGAUACCUAUCACAAUAAUAUAGAGCCUAAUAACCACAAUACAAGCAAUACAAGCAAUACAAACAAUAAUAACAUUCACAAUACCUCUCAUGAUUACUAUGAUGGUUCAGAUAUCGAUUCUUUAGUAGCUCCUGGCGGCCUAAGAAUCAUGAACCCAGAUAAUGCCAGUAUCUCAAGCUCAAGUAAAUCAAUAAAGAUAUCAAAAUCUUACUCGAAUACAAAUAUAAGUCAUAAAACUAUGGAUCACUCGACUAUUCCCAUAAUGAACAAUAAUGUCAGUAAUAAUAUAAAUAACAUUAUCGCUAACAACAAUAAUAAUAAUAAUUUUCACAUUUCAAAUCAUAAUAGAAAUAAUUCUUCUAUAGGAAAUACAACCUACGGUUAUGAUAGUGAUAAUGAAUUGUAUAGAGAUAGAACUAGAAAUUAA